AGAAAUUGAGAAGCACUUUUUUACGAAGAAACGGGAAACAAGAACAUCAAUAAUAAGAGAGUGAAAGAAACUUUUGGGACAUAGGGUACUAAAGCUAGCUCAAAAAGUGUAGUGAAAGACAACAAAUAAAUUACAAUCUCUCACAGCACAAUGGAGGAAAUUGGAACACAAAAUUAAUGAAUGAUAGAAACCAAAAAAUUAAGGGAAAAUUACAUAAGUUGCCACCUAAACUUGUCCCAAAAAUAGCUUUUCGGACAAUAUUUAUUGUCAAGCAUUACAUGUGUUGACCUGAGUUGUAAUCUUUGUUUUUCGUUUGUUCUCUAUUUGUAGGCCCAAGGCUAAAGAUUUUACACUUAAAAAAAAAUCACAGCUGGCUCAUAAAAUAAGGAUAACUACCUUGUCUAGUGACACUUCAACUAUUGAUUCCUACUAACUUUGUCUACUGACACUCCAACUGAUUGAUUCCUCCUAACUUUUCUAUUCACAUUUCAACUAUAUAAUGACUCCUCAACAUUUUUUUUGUAGUUCAUGAAUAAACCACACAUCUUUCAAAGUUACUCAUCUUAUGUCCUUUCAGAUUCAAUAUUUUUUGCUAUAGUAGAAGAUGAGAAAUUGGAACUUUCUUUGGUUUCUUUACUUUGCUUUCAUUUUGAGAAUUGAAGCCACAAAAUUUUAUAGUACUGAUCAACACCCUGAAAGACUAUCAGGAAGUGCUGGUGAUGUGCUGGAGGAUGACCCUAUAGGAAGGUUAAAAGUUUUUGUAUAUGAGCUUCCCAGCAAAUAUAACAAAAAAACCGUGCAGAGAGACCCGCGAUGCCUCAAUCACAUGUUUGCUGCCGAGAUAUAUAUGCAUCAUUUUCUGUUAUCCAGCCUUGUUCGAACCCUUAAUCCAGAGGAGGCGGAUUGGUUUUACACUCCAGUUUACACAACUUGUGAGUACUUGACACCACAUGGUCAUCCUUUACCUUUCAAUUCACCGCGUAUGAUGAGAAGCGCGAUUCAUCUUAUUGCUUCUAGCUGGCCAUACUGGAACCGGACACAAGGCGCUGAUCACUUCUUCAUUGUACCACAUGAUUUUGGUGCAUGUUUCCACUUUCAAGAAGAGAAAGCUAUUAAAAGAGGAAUUCUCCCGUUGCUCGAGCGUGCUACCUUGGUUCAAACUUUUGGCCAACGGAAUCAUGUUUGUUUGAAGGACGGCUCAAUAACUAUUCCUCCGUAUGCUCCUCCACAGAAAAUGCAAUCCCACUUGAUCCCUCCUGAUACUCCAAGAUCCAUCUUUGUUUAUUUCCGAGGCUUGUUUUAUGACAGUAGAAAUGAUCCUGAAGGUGGGUACUAUGCAAGAGGUGCUCGAGCAGCAGUUUGGGAGAACUUUAAGGACAAUCCUCUCUUUGACAUUUCUACUGAUCAUCCAACUACUUACUACGAAGACAUGCAGCGAGCUAUCUUUUGUUUGUGCCCUCUUGGAUGGGCUCCAUGGAGUCCGAGAUUGGUUGAAGCUGUUGUAUUCGGAUGCAUCCCCGUAAUAAUAGCAGAUGACAUUGUCUUGCCAUUUGCUGAUGCGAUUCCAUGGGAAGAUAUUGGAUUGUUCAUAGCGGAGAAGGAUGUUCCAUAUUUGGAUAACAUUCUUACUUCUGUUCCACCACAAGAAAUAUUGAGGAAGCAGAGAUUACUUGCAAAUCCUUCAAUGAAACAGGCAAUGUUAUUUCUACAACCUGCUCAACCAGGUGAUGCUUUCCACCAAAUCUUGAAUGGACUUGCUCGUAAAUUACCCCAUCGUCAUAAGACCAUAUACGGAAACAACAACGUUUUAAACUGGACUGUUGGUCCAGUUGGUGAUCUAAAACCUUGGUAGGAUCGAGCUGCACCUCCAGAUUUACUCAUUUUUCCCCUUGAUUUGUUGACUUCCUUUUCUGCUAAUAAUGUUUAUUUAUUUAUUCUAUGUAAAUUUAUACAAUGAAGAUAUAGUUUUGGGCAUUAAAUGAUAUUAUGACAUACAUGAUAAUUUGAAAAACAAUGGCACAGAAAUGUGAAAAAGAGAUUUGAGGCAA